UUUUUCAUUUCAUUGAUCGAUCAUCAUGGCCGAGAAGGAUGGCAGUUGUAGCUCAUUUUCCAUGGGGAAAUCCGCACAAGAAAGGGGACUUCCCUAUGUCCCCAAAUGCUACGAGGCGCAGCCUUUCGAUGCCUCGAAAAUCGAUGCCGACAUUUUCGAUGUUCCGACGAUCGACAUGGCGGGUAUCGAAGAUCCCGAGCGGAGAUCAAUCGUCGUCGAGCAAAUUGCGAAUGCUUGUCGUCGUCAUGGUUUCUUUCAGAUUGUGAAUCACGGGAUAGUAGAAGCAACGAUAAAAGGGGCUUUGUCGGUGGCCUCGGGUUUCCUCAACCUAACGACCGAAGAAAAGGCGAAAUACAUGUCCAACGACGUCCACAAGGCGGUGAGGUAUGGCACGAGCAUCAAAGAUGGAGUCGAUAAGGUCCAGUUUUGGAGGAUAUUUCUCAAGCACUAUUCCCACCCUCUCAACAACUGGAUUCACAUGUGGCCAGAUACCCCUCUAGAUUAUAAAGAAAAAAUGGGAAAAUACGUAUCGGAGCUUGAAAUGGUUGCGCUGAAGACCGCGGGGCUAAUAACCGACUCCGUGGGGUUGGGGCCGACCUACUUGACCAAAGAAAUCGACAAUGGAAUGCAAGUAGUGGCGGUCAAUGGCUAUCCUCCGUGCCCGGAGCCGGAGCUAGCCCUGGGCCUCCCGGCCCACUCGGACUACUGUUGCCUGACGCUUCUCCUCCAGGACUCCCCGGGCCUACAAAUCCUCGACUCCCACACCAACACCUGGAUGUUGGUGCCGGUCGUCGAGGGGGCCCUCCAGGUCCUGGUAGGGGACCAGGUGGAGGUCCUCACCAAUGGACGCUACAAGAGCGUGGUGCACCGCGUGGUCCUGAGCUCCAACCAGCCACGGAUCUCCAUCGCCGGCCUCCACAGCCUCGGGAUGGACGUCCAGGUCCAGCCGCCCCCGGAGAUGGCUGACGCCCACUUCCCCGGCCGGUAUAGGCAGAGCAGCUUCCAUGACUUUCUCGAUUUCAUAUCCAAGAAUGAUCUUGGACAGGGGAGGAGUUUCCUCGACACGCUCAAGAUUGACCAACCGAAUUGAUCCGUCAUCCAAGUGGUGAAAUCGCAUUGGUUUUCUUUGACGGUUCUUUUCUAGUAAUAGCUCGAAGAUUAUAUUAAUCGAUACCAUUAUUAGUAGCAAUUUUCUAAAUUUCACUCUGUUUAAUUUGCUUUUAUAAUUUAUUAGCUUUUGGUAUAGUGUGAUUUGUAAUUCUUGCAUAAUGUGAGAGUAAUGAUAUAUGAUGGCUUGAUUUGCUUUA